GUAAUCCUAUUUAUAAGUGACCAAAACAAUUAAAUAUUUUUCUCUGUACGUUGCAUUCCUUGACAGAAAUAAAUUUAAAUAUGUGGUGUCAGAUUACAUGGGUUACUUGGCGAUGGGCUAGAUUGUAAUUGAUAUCAUAUGAAUGUGAAUAAUAAAACAGUGAUCUGAGUGUGAGAAGUGGAUUGAUUUGUUGCUGAGGCAAUGUUAUUAAAGCGGUAUGUGCGGUGAGGAGUUGUAUAUGCAGUGUGGUGUUUAAGUGAUGGCGAUGGGAGGCGAGGGAGAGCGCGCAUCGCGGCCGAACUCGCUGCUGUUAGAGGCACCGCCGCCGGAACGUGAGCCGCUGCGAUUUGAUGUGCAGCUCGUUGGCGCGCCGCCUGAGGUGGAGCAGCUCGUCAACAACAUUAAACAAGUUGCUGAAGACUUCCUUUAUCACUGGAAAACUUUUCCUAUUGUCUUGCCCCAGUCGCGUUUCGCCGGACCUGGCAAUCGGCCCUCAGACAUUCUCGUAGCUCCGCCAUGUGAUGAGCUCGAUGCUGCAGCCCUCGACGCCGGUAUAGAACCACAUCCACUCUCACCGAAGCAACUACACGCUAUUAGAGAGAAAGGCGAAUUCGAAGUACCGUCCCGCCACUUUCCUGGUCAAACGCACGUAUGGCGCGUAUCGGGCUGGUUGCAACGCGGCCGCGAGCGCGCACGCGAAGAACUCUACCACCAUAUUGCGCGAGCGCUGGCGCUGAUCGUGGUCACCGCUCGCGAUCGUUUAUUGCGAAGGGAGCCACUGUCCGCUAUUGCGGGAGGUCACGCUUUGCUCGCCGGUUUACACAGACUCGUAGACCUCGCCGUCGGAAUGCCGUCCCUAGAAGCUAGAGAUCUGGAAAAGAAAAUCAGAGAAGAACGAUCGCGUUAUUUAGUUGCUGAACUUAUUUGUAAGCCGGAACACCGCGAAGAUAUCGUGGCUCUUGCGGCGUGGGUGAGCCGCGCUAUGCGGCGGGCGGCAGCCGAGAAGACCGAAGCCCCGCGCAACGCGCCUCCAGUACCUUGUGUUUACACCACACCGCAAAGGACGCAGGUGGAUCUCCGUCUGUACCGGCGCGACAUCCUGCGCAAGGCCGCGUCGCACCUACAAGCCAUACUGGAACGCGAGUCGCGCGGCUGGUUCCUGCACUUCCGAGAGCGGCGCGCCGCGCUGCUCGCCAGCCAGAAAAUGCCUCUCAAGGACAUCGAAGAGGAGGUCCGCGGCGCGGCGAUGCGCGAGUACGUGUCGCGCGUGUGCGCCGCCGUGCUGGCCAGCGAGCCGCUGCGCGCGCUGGGGCCCGACGUGCCGGCGCUGCUCGCGCAGCAGCUGCGCGCCGCCGCCAUCGUCAACAGAGCGGAAGAAGGCGUCUGUCGCAAGCUGGAAGCAGGCCUGGCCACAGCAGAGGCCCGCAUAUGCGCGAAACACCCAAUUCUGUCCCGCGCCCACGCCUGGCGCAAGGAGAAACUGGCCAUCGCCGCUCAGAAGUUGAAGAGCGAACUCCGCUGGGCACCCAUUGAAGACGCCGCCUCUGCCAUGCAAAUGCACAAGCUGAACCAACAUCGGUAUUUCCUUCUGCGAGAUCUCGCCUUUUUGAGGGAUCGGGAACCUUUACUUAUGAAGGAGCUACGAGCAGCAAAAACGCCAACUCGUGAAUUCCGAUGGUCAACUCGCAUCUGGCUGCCUCAGAACUGGCAGGUAGUACGUCACUUCCGCGGUCGAUCCGAACGGAUCCCGACCGUCCUGUCGACGAGGGCCACUUCCAUUGUUACUCCGAGGUCUGAUCCCUCGCAGCCUGUCUUCUUGGUCGACAAGGAGAUAGUGAGGCAUACCAGCACCAGAUGGCCGGGAUGGAGACUUGUCAAUUUAGCGCACAGGACGUGGUGCUGGAGCUGGAACAUGAUGUUCGUGCUGGGAGUGGUGGUGCCGUGGUGCUCGCCGCUGGCACUUCGUACAUUGCUGGCCGUGAAACCUUUCGUGCCCGACUACGAGCUCUCCCAGGUUAAUGGAACACUGUUCCCCAAACGGAGCAGCGAGACGCAGACUAUGUGGUCGCGGCUACUGAAACUCUGGCGCCACGUCUCCAAGGAGAGGACGAGAUUCGAAACAGAACCCGAUACUGGUCUCCUAGGUAAAGGUCUAAGCCGUCAAGCCAAUCGCCUCUGGAACUACGGCGUAGUGGGAGGCCUCGGCUCCCUCUGUCUACUCUUGCUGUUUCCGAUCGUUGCUCUGCUCGGUAGUGGACUGUCGCUAGCCGCAGCGGCGACUGUACCUGUGUGGAUGCCGCUGUUAACUUUGACUGUACACGCUACUAAUGCACUUAUUUACGAUCUGGACUGUCCCGACCCUUCUAAGCUUAAUAGAUUCUUCGUCUUGCUAGAAGUAUUAAUCUGGCAGAUCGCCAUACUGGGAAUUCUGCAACCGAUUGCUGCAAUAAUAUGUGCUGUCGUACUUUGCCCGCUCUCCGCUUGCAUUUUGUCGGCGCAGGCGCUGGCGGCGGUGUGCGCGCGCGGCGAGCUGGAGGCGCUGGCGCAGUGGGCGGCCGAGCUGGAGCUGGCCAUCGAGCGACCGCUGCGCGACUACGCGCACUUCGUCGACGCCUGCUUCGGCCCCUUCUCCGUGCAGAUCGCCAAGACGGGUGCAUACAAGCAAUUAGAAAAGGAGUGUUCAGAACUAACAGCGUCGUUGCGGGAGAAAGUCUCGGCGAGAAGAAGAGAACUAGCCUUGGGAUUGAGUGACACAGCCCGAGCGCGGGUGCGGAUGACCACACACGACUUGAGGCGUGCAGUUCAAGCGUCUGCGUUAGAACUGGCACGGUUAUGGAGUAGUGCAGCGCGGAGUGAAGACUGGUGGACGGCUCGAGGGCUGGAGCCAGGAGAUUGGCAUGCCCUCGCAGCUAACACACUCGUUGAGGUUUUCGACGCCGAAUCGCUAGUAGCGUUAGAAGAGAACGAAGCCAGGUUGCAGCUGGAGAGCGGUGAGGGCGCUAGAGUGUGGGUAGCGAGGUGUGGGAGGGACGAGGCGCCGCCCGAUGUACUGGCAGAGAGGGAUGACUGGAGGAGAGACACCGCCGGCGUGUGGGGCGAGUGGGGCGGUACCCCCGCGCCGCGCGUGCCGCCGCCGUCGCUGGAGGCGAUGGCCUUCAGCCCGCGCGCCCCGCACCACCCGCCCGUGCCGCACCCCGCCACUGUCGCCAUCGUGCUCCACAACCGAGAAUCCGAUAAUCCCGUGCCAUUAGACUCCGAGAUCUGCGCUGAGAUAUUGAAGAGUCUCGAGGACGCCCCUGAGUCCGAUGAUAGGCGAGACUAUGUGGAGCGAUAUCGUGGCGGAGGCAGCGAAGAGGCUACAAGUGAAGCAACAAGCGAAGGAACACCCGACGAUGAAGACACGAGGUCACAUGAUACCAGAGACAGUGUCGAGCCUGACCCCGAACCCGAAGCUGGGCUCUGCAGAGUAUCACCAGCCGAACAGCGAGCGGCGUGUCGUUGGACGCUGACAGGCCGCGGCGUGCGCCUGCGCGCCGAUCUCGCCUCGCCCGAAGACGUCACCCUCGACGCCGAGCGCGCACACGGCACCUCUGUCUGAACAGAUAAGAUUCAUAUCUGUGUUAAUUACGCCUUGCAGACCGCAAUACUAUAUUGGCUACCUAUACCUAUUACUUUUGUGUUAGCUCUGGUACAUUGGUACUUUGUCUCAAACAAAAAGCUAUCGCAACG